AUGGACAGGCACCUCCUCGUCGUCCAGGACAUCGCCGCGGUGCUCUUCCCGGCCACCGAGCGCGUCCUCGGCAGGGCCGACGACCUCGUCCUCCUCGUCGAGUCCCUGCCCGCCAAGCUCACGGCGCGAUCGACGGCCUCGAGGCCUUCGUCGCCGGCGCCGUGGGGCACCCGCUGGGGCACGGGGCACGGCGGUGGUGGCGGCCGAGCACGGGGGAGCUCCCCAUCCCAUCCACUGUCUUUCGCUUCGCCUAGCUCGCCCUCCGCUGCUCUGCCCGCGGCCGCGCUCGCCCGCCGCCCCUCCGCCGCCGCGCUCGCCCUCCGCUGCUUUGCCCACUGUUGCGCUUGCCCGCCGCCGCUCCUCUGCCGCGCUCGCAUAUUGUGUGUUAGUGGCUGGUUGCAGGAAGCAGCCGGGCCGUGCUUGGGCCGGGCCAAAAUUGCGGGCUUCGUGCCGGGCCGUGGGCCUCGGGCCAUAUGGCCAUCUAUACCCGGCGUAUAUGCGUAUGAGCUACUCCUAUGGGCUCGGAAGGAACUCGAGAACUUGGAGGUCGUCACGGCGGACGACGGCGGCGGUGGCGGUGGCGGUGGCAACAACGUGCAUGGCGACAAGGCUCCCGUUGACGGCAAAGGAGAGGCAGCGACUCCGGCGAAACGCGCCGACGUAUCAGGUGGCCAAGAAUGCGGCGUGGUCCGCGUGGAGGAUGUACAGCGGGUGGAGACGCCAGCUGGAGAGAUCACGAAUGCCAUGAAGGACACGGAGAUCAUGAAGAAUAAGGACCAGGAGAGAGGAGGCAGCGAGAGGGAAGAAGAGGAGACCGUUGCCAUGGCCGGCACGGGGAGCAGGGAGGAAGCAUUGCUGGUUAUCUUCGAUACAGCAUGGCAACAGGGGAACCUCCUUAUCGGCGGGAGCGGCGGGACGGCGGGUGCGCUUGCACUAACUCGUGGCCAUGGCGGGUCAGGGAGGCAGGCGACGCCGCUGGUCGCUGGGCUGUGGCGGCGGAUGGAGUCACGUCGUCGGUAA